AUGUCGGAUUCGUUUAUGUUGAGUAUGUUCAGUCUGGCUAUGUUUCUUGGUUCUUAUCUCUCCGGUCUGUUCCCACUUGGAUUCAAUCUGUCUGAAACUAAAAUGCGUUAUGUUACUGUUCUCGGUGCAGGUCUUCUAGUCGGUACAGCACUUGCAGUUAUUAUUCCCGAAGGUGUUAAUGCUUUAUAUACAGCUGAAAUGGGAGGCCAUCAAGAAAGUCAUUCCGAUCACAAAAUCGUACGUCGACAUCUAAAUGAAGUGAAACCUGACAAAGUUGACAAUAUUCAAUCGGGUCAUCAACAUCCACAUGAUCAACCAAAACAUCUACAUUCAGAAAGUGAACACAAACAUACAGAUAGUAUUCAUUCGACUAUUGGCAUAACCUUAGUUCUGGGUUUCGUAUUCAUGUUAAUUAUCGAUAAUUGUAGUUCGAGAAUCAUUCAUCGACAUGGAAGUCAAGUGAUUGAUUCCUCUGGCUCGGUGAUUAUAACAAAGCCAAAGUCAACAUGGACAGCAACGUUGGGCGCAGCAUCAGCGACAAGCCGUUUUAAUGUUGAAUUGAUCGUUUUUAUGGCCAUCAUACUUCACAAAGCACCAGCUGCUUUUGGUCUUGUCUCAUUUCUAUUAUCUGACGGUGUUGAUCGAAAACGUAUUCGACGCCAUCUGUUAAUAUUUUCUCUAGCCGCUCCAGUAAUGGCUAUCUUCACAUUUGUUCUGCUAAAGAGUGGACUUCGCGACAGCUAUUCGGUUGACUCAACUGGUAUUGCAAUGUUAUUUAGUGCGGGUACAUUUCUCUUUGUUGCGACAGUACAUAUCUUACCUGAAGUUCAAUCACAUUUUGACGAUCGGCAAUUUCGCGCAGUUGAACUUCUUAUUCUUAUUGUUGGUUGUUGUUUUCCUAUUGUUCUUUCCAUGGGACAUAAACAUUGA